AUGGGAGAGUCUUUCUUGCUUCUUCAGCCAGCCUCUCCAGCUCUGUCUCCCACUCCAUCCAGCCUUCUUCUUGGACCUACCAUCACCAUGCGUGCCGACGUCUUGAUUGCCGCUCUGGCCACCGGCGCCCUCGUGGCUGCCGUCCCUACCUCCCCCAAGAAGCCCACCCCUCCCAAGGGCGACGUCUCCAACCCCUUCGUUGGCAAGACCCAGUUCGUCAACCCCGAGUGGUCCAACAAGCUCACUCAGACCUACAAGAGCUUCCUCAAGAAGGGCGAUGUCAAGAACGCUUUCCGCACCCUUCAGGCCCAGAAGGUCAGCACCUUCGUCUGGGUCUCCCGUCUCUCUGAGCUCUCCCGAAUCGACGAGGCCAUCGCCACCGCCCGCCGUGUCCAGAAGACGACCGGCAAGAAGCAGAUCGUCGGUCUCGUCCUUUACAACCUCCCCGACAGAGAUUGCUCCGCUGGCGAGUCCGCCGGUGAGCUCCUGAGCGGCGAGAACGGCUUUGAGCGCUACAAGGAGGAGUUCGUCAAGCCCUACGCCCAAAAGGUCGCCGCCGCCAAGGACCUCGAGUUCGCCAUUGUCCUCGAGCCCGAUUCGCUCGGAAACCUGGUCACCAACCUCAACAUCCCCCUCUGCGCCGGUGCCGUUGACACCUACCGUGAUGGCAUCGCCCAUGCCAUCACCCAGCUCCAGCAGGACCACGUCCACCUCUACAUUGACGCUGCCCACGGUGGCUGGCUCGGGUGGAACGACAACCUUCCCCUCGCUGCCGAUGAGUUCGCCGAGGUCUUGAAGAGAGCCGACGAGGCUUCCGGCAAGAAGAACAAGAUUCGUGGUUUCGCCACCAACGUCUCCAACUACAACCCCCUUCACGCCGUCGUCCGUGAGAACUACACCGAGUGGAGCAACAGCUGGGAUGAGAGCCACUAUGCCUCCAGCCUGGCCCCCCAUCUCGAGGAGCGCGGCCUUCCUGCUCACUUCAUUGUUGACCAGGGCCGUGUCGCCAACCCCGGUGCCCGCAAGGAGUGGGGUGAGUGGUGCAACGUUGCCCCCUCCGGAUUCGGACCCGCUCCCUCCACCAACACCAACAACACCGUCGUUGACGCCAUUGUCUGGAUCAAGCCCGGCGGUGAGUCUGAUGGCGAGUGCGGCUACUUCAACGCUCCCCGCGCCGGCCAUUGGCACGACGAGUUUGCCCAGCAGCUCGUCCAGAACGCCCAUCCUUCCGUUUAUGAGAACUGGUGGAAGUUCUGGUAA